ACAUCCCACUGUUAUUCGAUUAUAACAUAAAAAAUAUAUAUAUUGUACAUAUUUAUGUCUGAUAGACAAUCCUAUGUUAAAUGUUUGAAUAAGAUCAACCCAUUCAAUUGAUUUGAACCUUGUGUAGUGGAUGCAGCCAGGAACAGAACUGCAACUAACAGAGUGCAUGUAGGUACAGUAGCAUAACCACGGUAUUGAUGACACUGCAGGAGCUUGGUUUCUUACUAGCCUACUGAAUAUCUGUUUUUCUGCCGGUACCUGUAGGAAGUGUUCUCUAGUGACCCACGUGUCUAUUUCCUGCGUAGUGCCUGACCUUUUGCGUGGAUAUAUAUAGGCCUAGAGCAUAAUUUGCUUAUAUUGUAGCAACCAGAAGCAUUCUGCUUUGUCAUGUCCCACUACGACCACAUCCAGAAGGGCCAUUUAUUUAUCUUUACUGCUGACGGCGUGAUUUGAAUAGAUUUAGUGUGCUUCGGGUAGAAAACAAAAAAAAAACUCUUGUAAUUCCUCUUUUUGUUAGUUACUGCACGUAAAAAAAAAAGACGGCUUGAAAUGUAGCCAAUUUCAGUUGAAUAAUGUUUGGUGAUCAAAAUGACACACUGUAGGCCUAAUUGAUAUACAAUAAAGGAUCGGAUUCCUAAUUGUUCUGAUACUCGUCGGGUUCCCGUCAGUCAUUCAUCGGCCUAACAAUAAUAAUCAGAAUCAACGCAGCAAGACCGGACGCAUGUAGACUCCAAUAUGUUGGACUUCAAUAUUUUUUACCAUUCUUUAAAUACAGUCAUUGCUCAUAGGCUAGCCCAACGUUGCAUACAGUUCGUGAAAACCAUGUCCCGAUGGGUUUGACAUGAGGCGCCAGUGAUCCAGCAGGUGGUGGUGUGGUGUCGACCAGGAGCCCGUAACUAAGCGCUACUGAAGCGCAGCUGCCUGCAACUCUCCUCCAGCCUCAGACCGUCUGGCUACUGCUACUGAUGCUGCUGCAGUCUGCAUCCCGGAUAAAACCCGUCCCAAGUCAUGUAGUUAUUACUUAGUACAUCGCCAUUGACAAAAGAAGACAAAUCCACUGGCCGUUGAAGUUUGAAGCGUUCAAAGCAGCCGGGGGUAAAACAGCGGCUGCCUCUGGUCUGGUUAGGAUACUGGUCCACCGGGUGAUGGACGAGCACACUGAUCCACAGGGUCCUCAGCAUCUCGGAUGUUUUACGCGGUCCUUCCAGUCAAAAAGACUCAAGUGACCGAAAAAAAUAAGACGUCUACCGGUUUAGUUUAUGUGCGCUAGAUUGCCAAACUGCUGCAGGUAUAGCCACUCAGCACUUUGCAGUGCAGGAUUCCCGUGCAGAGGAGAGCAGACCGGAGCACGGACACUUUCACCGGGCAGCAGCAGACCAGAGCACCGACACUUUCACCGGGCAGCAGCAGCCAGCAGACACCCGCCAAAACCAGUCCAUCUGAGAGCUACUGUCUGGUGGAACGGAAACUGAACUCUUGUUUCACUUGAGAAAUGUGAAAGGAAGUCUCAAUGACCUUGUAAGAUGUUUUCACACCACAGAGAAAGGGAGCAGCCGUUCUUCAGCGCCCGGGCCCAUGUGUUCCAGAUCGACCCGAGCACCAAGAGGAACUGGAUCCCUGCCAGCAAGCAUGCCGUCACCGUGUCCUUCUUCUACGACGCCAACCGCAACGUGUACCGCAUCAUCAGUGUGGGCGGGACCAAGGCCAUCAUCAACUGCAGCAUCACACCCAGCAUGACGUUCACCAAGACGUCCCAGAAGUUUGGGCAGUGGGCGGACAGCCGGGCCAACACGGUGUACGGCCUGGGCUUCGCCACCGAGCAGCAGCUGCACCAGUUCUCCGAGAAGUUUAAGGAGGUGAAGGACGCGGCACGCCUGGCCCGCGAUAAGUCCCAGGACAAGGAGCUGGCCAACACCGCGCUCAGCAUCGCCGCCCCGCAGGACCUCUCUGAUGAGCUGCAGUCGCCACCGGUGAUGUGCAUCAACGGGCCCGAGGACAAGCUGUUCCGCAGCCAGAGCGCCGACAUCACCUUGUCCUCCGAGAAGGAGCGCAUCAAGAAGAUGCUCUCCGAAGGGUCAAUCUGUGAGAUGAAUCUGGAGGCUGAGCUUUUCACACUGCAGGACAGCAACAACAAGCUGGUGGCGGCGCUGCACGAGGCUAACGCCAACGUUGAGCAGUGGAAGAAACAGCUCGCGGCCUAUCAGGAGGAGACAGAGAGGCUACGUGACCAGGUGUCAGAGUUGGAGACGCAUGGGGGCCACGGCCCCAGCGACCUACUGAAAGACGAGCUCACCCAGUCCCUGGAGGAGCUGGAGGCCCUGCUGAAGGCCAAGGAUGAGGAAAUUCACAUCUUGCAGAACAAGAAACUGGAGUACCAUGAGAUGGAACGUGACCGGGACGAAGCCAUGCACAGGCUGCAGGAAAUGGAAAUGCGCAACUCAGAUCUGGAGAGGCGCGUCCAGAACUCUGAGCAGAAUCUUAACAACUCUCUUGAGGAGCGGGACCGCACGGACAACGAGAUCCAGAGAUCCAUCGAGGUCCUGGACAUAAAGAUCUUUGACCUCAACGACCUGCGACAGAGCCUGGUGAAGCUCAUCGAUAAAUGAGCUUGGUAGAGCAGGCCACAAAUGCACUGUUAUGGAAGAGGGACGGGAGACGAGCGAAAGGAAGGGGAAAUUAGCAAUAGGCUCAUGUUAGUGUCAUGUUAAGCAAUACAGGAAAAGACAAAAGAGAAAUGACCCAGAUGGAGCUCGUCCUGCACCGUCUCAAGCCCAGGACCCCCGUCUGAUCUGGACAACUGGUCUCCGCCUCUGUUGUGCCACAGUGUCUCUACCGUCACCUCUAAGCUUGUUAAGCCACCAACAUGUUGGGGUGGAAAACUGCUGUUUGUCUCAAUGUUUUGCUUAUCGCUGGCAUCCCUUUUUUCAAGAGUAACGUUCAAUACAAUAACUAACUUUUAAGUGCUACACAGUGUUAGACACUUAUUGUCAAGAACUGGUGCUUGUAGUGUUUCAUACUUUUUAGGGGACAUGUUUUUUUUAUAGUUAAGAAUGGGUUGUCCAGGUGAAAGCUUUAGCAUCCGUGGUGUGUGUUUGAGUAGAAAGGAAGGAACAGUUGGUUAAAGAAUUUAAUCUGACUCAGGCAUGCAUAGCCCAUAAGGUGUAUAAUAGCCCAUGCUUGAAUACUGCAAUAAGGUCAGCAUUCAAUGUUCAGUAUUAUCAGUAAAAAACAAUAUAUAUAUAUACAUUUAUUUGGAUGUAUAACAAUAUCUUCAGUUACACAAACACAUACACACACACACAGUAGUGUGUGUGUGUGUAUAUCCAAGGUCAAGGAUGUCUUCAUGGGUUGGCAUGCUACUAGGAUAAUGUAUAACAAGUAGAAGCAGUAUUUGCAAGUGAUUCAUCUGCACAAAAGUUUUAGAAACCAAAGAUCAGGUCCUUUGAAGAGCACAUCGUUGAGUCAUGAGGAGUUUUAGCUGAAGCUUGAAGCCUGAUUUCACAUUCUUGUUUAGGUUCAUGGGAACUGAUAAUAUUCUAAGAUUAGUACAUAACUCUUGAAAAGUAAACCUGCUUGUGAAUAGUUUAGAGACAUGGAAAUAUAUUUCAAACAUUUUAAGUUAAUGUGAAUAUAGCUGUUAUAUGCUGACGGUUUGAAACAUUUGAAAACACUUUUACUCAAUAAUGAAAUUGCUACCGAAUAUUCUGCUAGUCGAAAUCAUCGAUAUAAAGACAGCUUUCAUAUUGUGUGAUGCAAAGAUUGUGUUGUUUAACAUAGUCUCUGGGCUAUGUUUAUAUGUUUAACAAGCCUUUAUUCUGAAACUGUUUUACAGUUAUAGUGUCAGCUUCUGGUAUUUUGCACUGGACUGGGAAAUAAAAGCUAAAACCACAA